CUGAAUAACCUCGGCCUCCAAAGCUUUAUUGGUCUCAGCAAGGUGUAACUGAAUCUCUUCAUUCUCUGCUAAAGCUUGUUGAGAUGAGGAGUACUCGUUUUGCACCCUCUUCACCUCGAGUAUGGGCUCCAAAGCUAGUCUUCGAAGCAUCAUCAUGAAUCAAAUUUGGAGCUCCACGUAGCAUUGCCACAAAGACUCAAAGUCUAGGUUGCUAACCGCAUCCUUUCCUGAAUCAGAAAGCAAGUCAGGGGCAACUACUCGUCCAGCAUGAACCCCUGGGACGAGGAAGGUGUCGGAUAAUAUAGUUGGGGGAAUAGCAGGGUUUGAAGAACUGUUGACCCCAGCCAUCACAUCACCUCGGGCUUGAUUUCGUGCCCCCUCUGUACCAGUCAGUUUACCCGAAUAGGAGUACUUUCUUUUUUUCUCCAUCUCACCCUCUUUUUCUUUGCCCUUCUCUUUUUCCUUGCAUUUUUCUCUACGUCUCUUGGGCUGACUGUUUGCAAUGGCAAGGUCUUGGGGAGGAGGACGGGGCUCGGUUAUCUCUGGGAUAUGGUCAAGUAGAGGGUUUCAGUGCUCCUCAAUUGGUGUGCUUUCAGGAAUUUUGGUCUUCAGGAUUUGACGAUAUGUCGGUACGUUGACACCACGUUGAGCCAUCAGACCUACAUUAAAAACAAAAAGUCAAAUCAAUACAACUUGAUUCAAAACAAUCAUAAGGACAAAACAUACCAUCCAUGUCUAGACGAGGAUGAGAAAAUUUUAACACUAGAACUAUAUGUCGGGCAGGAAGCUCUCGAGAAAGAGACUUCAAGUAAUCCAAAGCCGAUAACUCUCUAGCCGACAACACGUCCUCAGGAAGCAAGUCGUAUCGGUGAGGCACUCGGGUCCAAUGAAAGGGAAAGAGAGGAUUGUUUUCACUAUCAAAAAAAUAAUUUCUACCUAUAGGGUGGACAGUUACUUUGAAAUAACUGGUCUUGAAACCCUUAAAAGAUGAAGCAUAAGGCUUGAACAAUGACAAUUUGGGUUGCCUUAUUAACGAUACCCACCUUCCUAAAUCUGAUGGACGAGUACAGAAGAAGUGAAGAAAUAAACCUACACUAGGUUCUAUAUAAUGAAAUUUACAAAGUACCCUAAAUGCUUGUAUCACCGCCCACCCAUUCAAAUGAAGUUGUGUCGGCGCUACAUUCAAAACCCUCAACACUCCCAUUUGGAAAUCAUUGAAGGGUAACCUUAUACCUAAUUCCCUAAACAUAUAUUCAUACAUAAAAAAGGUGUCGGUCAUCUCGACACCUCUUACAAAAACAAAAUUAGGGUUCCCUGUUUCCUCUCCUUAACAAGGGUUGAUGGAUAUUGGGUAGGGAUCGAAAGGUUCUCAUAACAAAAUUUCACAGUGGUCAACAAAAGAUUGAAGACUUCUAUUUUUCCUAAAACAAGAGAAGUAGGCGGCUACUUCACCGUGUACCCACUCGUAUCUAGGAACUGCACAGGGGAGAAUACUGGUAUUUCCCUAGGGGGUCAUGCUCGGUAGGAGUUCGGAAGAGUCAGAAUCAGUAGACCCAGACGAUUCGGCUUCAUCACUGCAUUCUCUAAAUUGAGUCUCUACUUCAUUUCCCCCACUCGGUCUUCAAGAAAACUCACCCCCUUUGGUUCUCUCAACAUUUUGACCAUCAAUAUUGGUUAACCCAGAUGAGUCUGACAACGAGUCCUCCCAUUCUAAGGAUUCAACCAUGAUAAAAUAAGAAAGAUGACAGGAAUACUAAACGUACCUCACAGGUAGUCGGUUCGGAAAGAAAAGAGAAAGUUUGAGUACCCUUCAGUUUGGAGCAACAAUGUAAACUUCUCGGUUCAGAGAAAAAGUGAAGAAUAAAAUACCUGGACCACCACGUACUUAUAGGAGAUGCGCUCUCGGACAUACGAAGGGUCACCCCCCUUCCGGACUAUUAGAUCUUUUCCAGAUCAACAGUUGAGUGAGGACACCCCUUCGUCUUACGCACACAUAUCGAGGAAACCCUAAAAAAUCCUGAAACCCUAAAAACUUGAAGUUCUAGAAUGAUCUUUUUUCAUUAUUUAUUAUUUAUUCUUAUGGACUUUUAUUUUUACGUCCUCGGUCUCCACCACUUUUUCAAUAAAUCGAAUACUACUUCGGUGUGCACUCUUCAGCCCACCAAAUACCUUUAUUUUUUAUACUUGAACCGAAUACUCUACUCAGCCUACUUACGUUCCUUAAACCGAAUACUCGCCUCGGUAUUCUUACCCAUCCUACAAAACUGAGUACCCCCUCAUCUACAUGUUCUUCAUACUUAUAUAUUAUUAAGCCCUUGCCUCGUACCUUUUCGGGCUUGGGAGGCUAGUGUACUAGAUAGGGAACUGCUCGGUCCUACGUAUAGGAAAAGGAAACCGAGUACCUAUUCGACUCAGUUUGGCCAAAUACCUUUUGUCAGGAUUAAAAGGUAAUUAAUCCAAUUAAGGGUAGUAAUCAAAGCAUUAUCUACUUUAAGUAAAUGGCCAAAAAUCAAGGCUGACUCAGUAGGUCCAUUAGCCCAUAACAAUGCCUAUAAAAGGAAGGUAAGAAGUACAGGUAAAUAGUUGACUUUUCAUUAUUAAAUAGCAUUUAUUGCUCAGAACCGAAUCCUAACUUUAGCAUCGGAGUGCCUUUUGUAGGUACCUUCCCCACGUCAGCGAGAGACAAAAGGACGUCACUGUUCUAAAGCAGAGACUUGAAGACUAGUGUUUCCCUAGCAGGAACAAAACUCAAUUGAGAAAAUUACUUGCUAUAGCUGAGCUUUCCUACAUUUUACGUCUGUUCCCGCCAUCCAUUUUGUAGGGGAGUUGGCGAUGGAAGCUAGCACUUCUUCGUACAAGAUUAUAUUGGGUUCAUCCUCCAUCGCACGCCGCAAGAUACUGUCCGAAAUGGGAUACGAAUUCACAACAAUGACUGCAGAUAUUGAUGAAAAGAGCAUCCGAAAGGAAACUCCAGAAGAGUUAGUUAUGGCUCUCGCCGAAGCCAAGGCAGAAGCCAUCUUACAAAGGCUCCCUCUUGAUGACUACUUAAAGGAUGCCAAGCCAACAUUAUUAAUUACUUCUGACCAAGUGGUGGUGUAUGAAGGCGUGAUUAGGGAAAAGCCAUCUAGCAAAGAAGAAGCCCGACAAUUCUUGAAAGAUUAUUCUGGAAGGCAUGCAGCAACUGUGGGAUCUGUACUAGUUACUAACCUCAAAACUGGAUUCAGAAAAGGAGAAUGGGAUCGUGUGGAGAUAUAUUUCAAUGAAAUACCCAAUGAAACCAUUGAGAAGCUGGUUGAUGAGGGAAUCACUCUCAACGUUGCUGGAGGCCUGAUUAUAGAGCAUCCUUUAGUAUUUCCAUUUGUCAAAGAAGUGGUAGGGACAACCGAUAGUGUGAUGGGACUUCCCAAAGGUCUGACUGAAAAACUCUUAAAGGAGGCCCUGUAGCUUGAGCUACUGUGUUCCACCUUGUAGGACUGCUAAGUGCUACGUAAUGGUUUAAUCUAUGAAACUUGACCUUUGCUCUCUACAUUUUUCUGAACUCAAUGCUGUCUCUUCCAGUAAUAGUUAUGUGUCGGCUGGGAUGUACUGUGUGGCAGUUAUGUCUUAACUUUUAUUGGGUAUUCUGAUAAAGUUGAUGAAUUGAUUCAUAUUUAAUUGGUAACAUAUGGUUGUAUUGUGACUAUUCAUUGGUAUGUUAGAAGAAAAAAAAUCACACGUUGACGUCUCCAGUCAUGCGAAAUGAUUUUGUUCGGAUUCAGAUUUAGAUACAGAUAGAGCGUCAACGGGAAACAUAAAGGAGUCAGGGUAGUUGGAAAUACUAUUAUACUGAAAUUAAUGUUGAUAUAAUUUUUUCUCCUUGGACAAUUCUGGCUACGAAAUUGUUAGUAAGUUAUGUCAUCCAUUGUGCAAAUGCAAUGCAUGAUUGAAUUAUUGAAAAUCCAAGAAUGAAUAAUGUAUUAAAAAUAAUCCAGUGACGGCAUGUGGAUUACGUAAAUC